AUGGCGACCGGAGGUAGUCGGUGGCGUGGGCACGACGGCGGGAGUGCCAACGCAAUAUGGGCAAACAGUAUGGAAUGUGUCGGCGGCUGGUUUCGAGCGUUGCAUUUCAAAACGUUCAUGGACGCGCGGAGACGCGUAGUGAAACGUCGACGACGGGACGCCCACGGGUGA